AGCAUCGACUCAUCUGCCUCCAGGCCAGCUGAAAACAGAGAUUAUCGGAUAAGGAGUAAGGAACAGAGGGAACGGGGGAACGAAUAAAAAAAAAAUCAGAAAUCAGAAACCAGAAAGAUAUAUGGUUACGUGAACAGGGGUAACUUUCAGAUUCUCAGACACCAUGAUUGAUAAACAAUUAAACAUCCUCAGCGCCAAUGAGAUCCUUGAACAUUUUUUUUUUUAAUUUUUAUUUUAUUAUUAUUUUUUUUUCUAAAAUUUCCAUGAACCGGUGAACUACUCGUGCUCUUGUGUUGUUUAUUUUAUCUGCUGGAAGACUGCAUGAGUUGGGGAGAACAGAAGCGGUCCUUCAAGACGAGCUACUUGAAGCAGCAAUGGGGUUGGUUAUCCUUUCUCAAUCACCGUCUUCGUCUCUCGUCACUGUUUCUCUUCGUCGAGUUUCUUAUGUGAGGAAACCUUCUCGGAUUCGCCGUCGCAUCGCUUCUCGCCAAUGGCUGAAUAGCUCUUCCGCUUCUUGCAAGCUAGCCAGUUUCACUUCAAGGUGUUCCAUCACAAAUACUGACGUGCAUUUCAAUCACGUUGCUACAGAGGAAGAUAUCCCAGAUGACUUGUCAUCUAUUCCAUCUGGUUGCUCAUUUCCACUUGUUCAUGUCCAAUCGGAGAUUCUUGGGACUGAAUCUUUGAGUUCACUGGCUGAAGAUACCUACAUAGAUAACCUCUUGACAACAUUGCCAGUUCUGAGUGAGGAGGAGCAGAAUGCUCUAGCAGCUACCCCAGCUCAUCCAGCAGGAUUAUUUGCUAUGUAUGCUAGUUGGUUAGCUAGGAGUUUGAUUGAGCAGCUGUGGAAUUUUGCUUGUCCUGCUGCCAUUGCAUUGAUACAUCCAAGCCUUUUACCUGUGGCUGUUGUGGGUUUUUUCACCAAGUCCACAGUAUUUGUUGGAGGACCUUUGGUUGGUAAUCUUCUGGAUCAUUUUCCCAGAGUACCGGCAUUUAUCUUUUUGAGUUUCAUCCAGGCAGCUGCUCAGUUGUUAUCUGUUGUAAUGGUAAUUCAUGCUCACACUAUUCAUGCUACCUCUGCAUCAUCCGUGCUUAUCCAACCUUGGUUCACAAUACUAGUAUUAGCUGGAGCUGUUGAGAGGCUUUCUGGCUUGGCCUUGGGGGUCACCAUGGAGCGGGAUUGGGUUGUUUUGUUAGCAGGUACCAAUAGGCCAAUUGCACUUGCACAAGCAAAUGCUAUUCUCAGUCGCAUUGAUCUCCUGUGUGAGAUAGCUGGGGCAUCAUUGUUUGGUGUUCUUCUUUCCAAGUAUGACCCUGUUACCUGCUUGAGGCUAGCUGCUGGCCUAGUUAUAUGUGCUUUGCCUGUUCAGGUUCUUCUUACAUGGCUAACCAACAAGCUAUCUACUGGUGUUCUUGAUCGCUGUAAAUGUCAACAAGCUUGUUGGAAAUCUUUCAGUGGAGGAGCUUGGCCAGAUUCAGGAAAUUUAGUGGAAAUAAUUGUGAUUGCCAUCAAGCGUGGGUGGACAGAAUACAAGCAGCAACCUGUUCUUCCUGUGAGCCUAGCUUCUGUGCUUCUCUACUUAAAUAUUGUUCUUACACCAGGUGGCUUAAUGACAGCAUUCUUAACACAGUGUGGUUUAAACCCAUCUGUUAUUGGGGGGUUCAGUGGCUUAUGUGCUUUCAUGGGCGUUGUUGCAACCUUCAUAUCUGCACACCUUGUCAGAUGGAUGGGCAUUCUAAAGGCUGGAGCAGCUGGGUUGAUAUUCCAGGCUUCACUUCUUACUCUAGCUGUUGCAGUGUAUUGGAGUGGUUCUCUUUCUCAGCAGACAACCCUCCUUUUCUUCCUUAGUUUGAUUGUGAGCCACAGGCUGAUAUUGAUUAUUGACUGGAAGAUUUCACCUGUGCCCACCAGUGGUUCCCCUACUUGGUGGAUGGAUAUGGCAAAAAUACGACAGGUGCUAUCAAGGUUGGGCCACAUGUCAUAUGAAGUUAUAGGAGCCCAAAUUCUUCAGACUGGGAUCCCAGCUUCAAAGGCAAAUUUGAUUGGGGUAACAGAGGUUUCAGUGGCAAGUCUUGCAGAGUUUGUAAUGCUAGGAGUUGCAAUAAUUGCAAAUGAUGUUUCACAUUUUGGUUUUCUAGCUCUCCUCUCCCUCUUUUCAGUGGUUGGUGCAGCUUGGAUGCUCUGCCGAUGGUUGGUAAAUCCAACAGAUGAACAAAGAAGGCUUUUCUCCUUUGACCCUCAAUUUUGAUGAUGAAUCAGCUGUUCAGCUUGUUGUACAUAAUGCCCUUGCCACCUGCAAGCUGCCUGGCAACACCAAAGCCAAAUAUUUAUACUUGACACUUACACUGUUUCUGGCAACUUCCGUGUACAUGUUCAUACAUAUUGAAUCACAGGGGGUGACACAUUGGCAGUGGAGGUGUUCUUUGCUGGAGGUUUUGUAAAAUUUCAGAUGGGAAAGCUAGUUUGAACCUGCACAUGGAUCCCUCAACUUUUGUAUAUAUCAUCUUGUCGAUGGGAUUUUUGUUCCAUCUCCAUGAUAUGGGAGCCAGACCAUUUAUUCGCAUUGUAAUUGAAUUGAUUCAUUCAUCAAACCGUGUGAUUCUACCAUUGUCUGCCAAUGACAGCGUUCCUUGGAUGAUUGGGAAAACUUGGGACCCUGGGGCCUGGUUGCUUCAGCAUGAAUUUUGAAAUGGAAGAAACAAAGGCAACAUUAUUGGUCAGGUGUCAGGACCCAACAUGCUCCAUGUCCUGUUAGAUGGCAGCUUUCUUUGCAUUCUUUUGGAUUGGUGGCUGACGCUAUGGGUUAACAAGCCUAGCCCAGCCUAUCCCAAAAUUUUUCCCCUUAAAUUCUUCCAUAAAGUUGUAACAUAAUAGAGUCUUUGAUUGGUGAAGAGUUUUUUGCUGAAUAAAAAGUUGUUGUUAAUUCAAAUCUCAGCAAUUUCUCUUUAUGUUCUAUAAUCUUUUCAGCAUGAAACCAUUGUAAGAUGAUCAAAACGCAUAAGGUUGGGAUUAGAACUGUUGGCUGGCCCUGCAAUUAGCC